AAGUAGAAGCAGAGGCCCAGAAUUACCUUAUGAACGAAGAGAACUUCGCUGAUGACGUUGCUCACCUGACCAAUGCCAUUGAGGAUUUGUCAAAACUGAUCCGCUUUGAUCAUCUUCAGAAGAGUGAUGCACGAAUGCUCAAGUUGGAGGCAGCAAAACGCGAAAAGGAGGCCGAGCUCCGUCGUACCAGGAAGAAGGAGCAAAUGGCCAGAGAUCCGAGCAGAAAGGUGGCCUUCAAGAUUGAGAGAGGAAGAAGGGAGAAGCAGGAGAUGCUUGAAACACUGGCAAAGGUGCCAAAUGCAGAUCUAUCCAUGAGGAGGAGAUCCCAGGACAUCCCACUUGUACCAUUCCAUGCACCAGGAUGUGGUACUGGCAACAAGGAGCCAGUGCCGGUGGUUGACAUCAAGAAGAUCCAGCGAAGCUGCGAAGGCCUUGGGCAUCACCAGAAUGCCUCGGAGUUGCUACAGCUGCGCCGGCGCCGGGAAGUCGACAUGAAGGAGUCGAUGGCAAGUUGCAGCUUUGCGGGUCUUAACGAGUACAAAUGGUUUUCAGCCAGUUCCUUGCUGGACGGCUUCACUUUGGAGGACCGCUUGGCCAAAGCAAAAGCACAGCGAGAUGAUCUUAUUGCGCGUAAGAUGAGGAGGAGGCUGCUCAAUAUGAGGAGUGAGUGCCCUGAAUAUUUGUGUCGCGCAUGGGGAUUGGCCAGCGCCGGAAGUUCACCAGAAGUGUCUCUACUUCUUGACUCCGACAGCGAAAGUGACUGGAACGGCUCGGAGGCUGCUAGCCGGCGAGGCAGCUUCAACAGCAGUCGGCGAAGUAGCGAGGAAAGGCCCACGCCCACAGGCAAGAAGAAGCUGCAGUCAAAGAGGACAGUCAACAGUUUGUCACCUGCUGCCUUUGGAAAGGGCAGACGCACUUCCGCGAGGCCAAAUACGGAGCUCAAGAAUGAACUCCGCAAGCAGCUGGAGCGGAUGAGGAAGAUCAGGACUCGUUGGGUAUGUCUCCGCGCUUGCGUGCAGUGGCUGAAGCUCCUCUUCAGAAAACAACGUUUGGAUCGGUCUGUGGACACGUGUUUGGUUCUAUUGCGCCAGCUCGGCGAAUGGGUGCGCAUCCGUGGGGCUCUAAAGCAAUUCAUGAACAACGUCAGGACCAUUCAAAGCACCGUGCGGGAAUAUUUGGCCAUGAAACGUCGACGUUGCCAUGUGAUUGAGAAGGAGUGGUGCAGAAUUGAGGACAUGCAUCUUUCAGCUCAUGCGCAGUUCCGUGCACAAAAAGCUAUGCAGGAAAAAGAAAAGACGUCAAAAGUGAAAUCGAAGCGGCGAAUUUUGCAAGCAGCACUGGAGGCCAGUGUGAGCAGCAAAUGGAAACUGGUAGUGGACUUCUCGAGUCAGCGCAUCCCUGUGGCUGAGCGCCGCGCGGUGAUCGCCGCGUACCACAAGAAAGCAAUCAAGCAUCACAUGUACAUUGGCAAGACCUUCCUCCAACUGGUCUUCGAUGCAUUGAGGGCCCGACGGGAGCUGGACAACUUCCUGAAUCAAUUCCACUAUGGCGGUGCCACAAAGAGCGUUGUUGAGAGUUUGGAAAUCAGAAAAGAAGACUUGAUCACAGCAAACGAGAAGGACUCGAGUGAGCUCUCCUACUGGCAGAUGCCAGAGGCUGUCAUUUUGAAGCUGGUGGCUUGCUGUGCGCAAGGGCUUGGACACGUUGGCUCCUUCAAGGAACACCCAGCUAAUCAAGCGAUCCCAGACUCGAAGAGGAACUUUUGGCCAGACUAUGUGGUCGGCAGCGAUCCCUAUGACUUUGCAGAUGUCAUCCUGAUGCAGCUUGAUCGUCCUGUCUAUCGUGGACGCUUUGGUCGCCAUCCUGCUUUGAGGGAGGCGGACAUACUUGCCGAAGAGGGCAAGCGGAAUGCUGCCGGAGCAAAAAGGAGCAGCUUCCUCACAACGAAACGUUCGGCAAAAAAGAAGGAGGGAGAAGAGGAGGGAGAGGAAGUGCUUACCAUUCGGGACGUGGGUCAGGCUCUGAAAGCCUUUUCUCCACCAGGAAGUUUGGGCUCGCCGACUCGAAAGGAUCGCAAGCUGGGAAGCUUGAUGUCGUCCUUGACCUUGGGAUCCACUUUCGACCUGGAGCCCGAAGACGGCCUCGCAGGUCCAGAGAGGUUACCGACAGUUACGGACAGCGACUGUCCACUCUCUCCCGACCAAGACUUCUCUCCAUCCUCUCCGACUGGAACAGACUUGGACCUUUCGCAAUCUAUGUCGACGCUCUCACCGUAAAACGGUGGGAGAAUGCGGUGAUGCAUUGUGGUUUCUCUACGGCCACAAAUCGGAGAAUUUUAAACCAGGUUCCUGCGACCUUGCAUUUUUGCUGGCGAACACAGAGUUGUUGAGCCACGUUUGUUGGCAGCGUGGCAAGCUGAAACGGAGUUGUUCAGGUGGUCAUAACUUUGCGACGCUCUCCUACUGUAGUUUAAAUAUGUUUGAAUGUUGAUUGAUUUUGCCCGUUCGUCCAUCUUGUAAUUUAGUUCGAUAUUUUUGAUCUUCUGCACGGCCUCACGAAAUUGAGCUUGUGUGCAUCAUUUUCAAAGCUGCUAGGCAAAGGUCACCUGGCACCCCUUGUGUUUCAGGGGGAAACUGCAAGCACUGCAAGCCGAAGGCUUGCAAUUUUGGCGGUAUAUAUGGGUUUCAUCAGUCUUGGCACUUGAAAAUUGCACCCAGUUACUGCAUGUUAAUUACUGCUAUUUCCUGAUUCAGGACAGGUGGAACUGUAAAUCAAUGUCAGAAACAGUACAACUCUAUUUUUGGGCAGUCAAACCUGCAGUUUACAGGAGAUUCUUGAGAUUUACUGUAUUGAGAUUGAUUUUGCGCUCGAACGGAACUCCUGUGUCUUCAGUUUUUUUAAACAAGGCCUUGCAAUGUUGCAUUUCGCUCAGUCACUACAGAUCCAGCAUCGAUGUGAUGUGCAGCCAGCGCCGCAGAUCAGACUACAUGCGAAGCACGUGGGCGCUCCUUUGCUCGGCGAUGAGAUGUAUGGUGGAUCCGAUGUGGCCGUGCAUCCAGCGGCGCCAAGAAGAGUGGCACUGCACGCCUGGCAUUUCGCAGCUCCACAUCCGCGGUCCGACCAUCCACUACAACUGGAGGCCCCGAUCCCUGAAGACUUGUUGGAAUGCCUUCGAAAACUUGGCAUUAAGUGGCAAGGAACAAAAGAA